AUGAUGCCCAACACAAACACCCCCUACAGUCCUACAGCUCACAGCACACCUACCACACUACUCCCCGAAGAGGUUUUCGGUUACAUUGAUGUGGUAACCUUGGCAGACAUUCAUCGGUACCUCCGGGAGAGUGAGGCACAGGACGACAUCGACCUUGCGGCAUGGAUCCAGGAGAACUAUUUAUACGGUGUUGAAAAAGACCAACCUACAGCGACUAUUCGUACAGCCCAGGGCUUUGCUCAGUUGGAUCGGGCAUAUCGCCGAGUGCGAUCACUUACUAACAAGGCUCAAGACAAGUGGCCGUUCUUUGACAGAAACUUCAAGGAGAUGUCUUCAGCCACAGUUCGAAACAACGCACGCGGUGAAGCCGCUCCGGGAGUAUUGUAUCCGAUUGAAAAAAUGCAGAAGGCCUCGACUGCAGUUGAGCAGCUGGACGCUUCGUCCGUAUCCAAUACUUCUUCAGCCCCAGGACUUCAGGUGCCGUUUGCUUCGGUAAAGCCAAGCCGCCACCAGCUUUGUAGACAACAGGAAACUUGUCCAGCGCAACGAAAUUCAGCUCUUCUCCCGUUCAAUCUACCAGCAACUCCUGCUCAGCAGCAGGCACGUGAGAAGAUCUCAGUUCAUUCCAAGAAUCUGGCACAGGAAAUGUCCACGUGUACAGACACCACUACAGACACCAACAGCCGGGAAAUGAUCGAACCUGAACUGCCGCAGCCUGCAGCAACCUCAAUCGAACGGAUGCGCGAUGCAGAGAACGGCAUGGAUCAAGCUGCAGUUGACGAUGUCAAGAUAGAGACCCCGUCUACCAGUCCAUCAAGUCAUUCUAAGCUUAACGAUGAUGACUCCAAGACGGACCCCGUUCGAGAUGCUGGCGGUGGCAAGGUCCGUGGACCGAAUGGCCGAUAUUUAUCCAGAGACGACGAUUUGUCGAGCCUGAAGAAAAUCAAGAAACCCAGAGGAAAGGGCGGUAGACCAAGUUUGAAGUCAUCUGACCAAAAUCAUGCGAUGACGAUGGAUGAAUCGUCUGAUAAACCCGAGGAGCUGUCAACGGGAGACGUGGGUGUCUUCGUUGAAGUGCAGACACUUUCGACGCCACCUCCUGACCAAAAGAUAGAGGAACAGAACAAGGACGAUGCGCCUGCUACGCUCGGGGUCCUUGAUACCAAAGAUGGGACCGAGAACCAAGUGACCUCCUUGACAGAAUCUACACCUGCAUAUCUUCUUGCAGCUGAAGCUGAUCCGGUGCUUUCAAAUUUGGAUCGUCUACCGCCUAAUUCCCGUAGAGCCAUCAAGAGGAAAAGCGAGCCGGUUGUCCAAGAAGGGGAGCGCAAACGCGGUAGAUAUGGCGGCAUUGUGGGUCGCCCACGGAAGUCGGAACAACGUGAAAACCUUCAAGGUGCUCAGGGAAACAAUUUGCCACUAGUUUAUGGAGAACAUGAGGCAGAUUCAUUACCCCAGAUGACGACACGUCGAAGUGCUAGACAGUCUGCUGCAGCCAACUUGGAUACUUCGAAGGCCGACGAGCCAACGUCCGAGCAUGACAAAAAAGACUUGGAGCUUUUGGAGAAAGAAUUAACAGGAGGAACUUCUCCGAGCAACGAAAGUAUGACUGCAGUGGAAGACAAGACUAUCAGAGGCAUUGAGGAGAAAGACAUGGCUACUAUUCAAAAGAACACCUCUACACCUGCCCGCAAAUCAAAGAAGAAAGGCGCGCGCUCGUCAGCGGAGCCUAGUACUCGCAAGCGUACGGCCAAAACCCCGAAACCAGAUCUAUUGAAGAUGGGUUUGGAGAGAACAGCUCCUGUCCCUGCAACGGCAUUGUCCACAGAUAUGGAGAAGGACGGUAUCACGCCAACUUCGUCCGAUUCAGCCGGUUUUAUGACGGUCAAUGGAUCGAAGAAGACUUAUUCUGGUCACGUGGAGUUGUUUGCACGUCUGACUACCGGUCACGGCGUCAUCGAGUUUCCCAUUCCCACCGAUCAGCUCAACAGUAACGAGGCAAAGAUGGUUGAAAAGUACGCCGAGUGGAACGCGCAGCCAGAUGCCGUACCAGUUCCAUAUGAUCAGUUCCGCCAGAUCUUCUCCUUUGCUAAAAAGGAUUGA